UCCAAACAAAGGACAGAGGGGACUCCACAAUGGGAGACAGUUUUCAUGAUCAGCUGAUAGAGGACAGCGCCUUCCUCAAAGCUGACGAGAGACUGGACACCGAGCUGGUGGACAAAGUCAUCCUGCAGCUCAACAGAAUCUACCCUCAGAUCCUGUCAGACAAAGAAGCCACAAGAUUCCGAAACUUGGACGUGCCCACGAGUGUUCGGCUGGGUGAGCUCCUGACUCACCUGCAGGGGAAAGGAGAGGAAGCAUGCAGGGAGUUUUACAGAGCUCUUCACUUGCAUGUAGAGGAGGUAUACUACAGCCUGCCCACAAGGCUCCGCCUCAGAGAUUCCUUACAUCCACUUGCCUAUCCACGUACCAUCCAACAGAAACAUGUUAUGAAUGACAGAGGUCCGCUCUUUUUUCUUGGCUGUUUCAGUGUUGCCGUUGGAAUGGCUUUACUCUAUUACUACAGUGAGGCUAAAGUGACGGGAGGUAGCCGGGCCCUCGGGAUGGCUGCUCUGGGUUUGAAAAAGAAAGCUCAGGAGGUUCUCAUAUGGUACACUGAAGAAAGCCUCAUGAAGUAACGGGGUGACUCCUUCACACCACUUGCUUCAGCUGCUUUUUUGAAUAAUACAUGCACCAAAGAACAGCACACUAUCUUUUCAGGAGUUGAAUACUAGUUUUGUAUACAGUUGUAUUUAGUAUUUUGCUUGUGAUCCGAGAAAACUGGGGUAAAUUCAGAGCUACAUUUGACACUUUGCUCUUAUUUCCUCAUAUGUUGAUGCCUAUUUAAGUGGGUAAAAGGGACUAAAAACAAUAGUAGGAUGAACACAGUAAAAUUAAAAACAAGAAUGAUUGUUGAUAUUUUAAUUUAACACCCAAACUAAUAAUCCCUUCCUGUCGGUGCUCCUUCAGAACCACUUUUACCGUCCUUCUUGCUCCAACUGCCUUCUCUUUAUACGUCCAUGGCCUUUCCUGUCCUUGUCCUGUCCUUGUUUGUUUCCCAUUUACAUUUACAGAGCCAGGGCUGUGUAUGAACACCAGAUUUUUUUUACAAACAGAACGAACAGCUAGUUGAGAUAUUCAGUGAAUUUAACAAAAAGUCUAUUUUAUUAGAAUUGCAAUUGCUCUCAUUACAGUCUUCAGGUAUGGCAAUAAAAACUUUGACAAAAUAAUUAUAUUCUAAUUAAAAGAUUGCAGUACAGUACAGUACGGCAUAAGGCAUUUCAAACAACUAAAUGUUUAAAUUUGAAGUACAUUCUUUACUAUAUAGGAUUAAUAUUUCAGCACUACAAAAAUUAUAGCCUCCAAUUGGUCAGUACAUUUUGCAGCCUUAUAAUAAUCAUCCAAAUAUGCACAUUGCAUUGUUUGUGCUUCCUUUUAGUUUGGCAUUUUGGAAUUACACUAAAGCAUACUAAAAUGCACUUCAAUGUACUCCCCAUAUUGAGUCAGAAGCAACAUCAACCAGUAAGUCAUGGGGCCGAGCUCUUGGUAGAACACGAGCGCCCUCUGGUGGUUAAAAGUAAACUAAACUACACAAAUGUGUUGGCUUGUGUUCGUUUCAUAAACUAUUCCCGAAAUUCUGCAGCUCAUGUUUACACUAAAACAGGGCUUGAUCGUGUUAACAGCCAGAAAUAUUAUCGAGCAAUGUCCAUAUAUUAGUACUUUAGGUGAGAAUUGCGGUCACAGGAUUGCUUCGACCAAUGAUAUCACACUCUCCCAACGCGGUGCAUUGUGGGUAGAGUUACUUCCUCAACUAAAAUAUACAAAUAUCUAGUGAUAAAGGGUGAUAAUUGAGCGUAAACACCGACCAAGUAAUUAAUUUUAAAUGAAAUAAAAACACUUGUAUUUGAAAUACAUUAUAAUUAUUUUAAACCGUAAUUUGCACCGUGGGUGAAACAGAGUAGCAUUCUGCCCCGUAUAUAUAGUGACGUAUUACCGUAAAUGACCGUGUUGUAUGAAAGGAGAGAAGGUUAGCACUCCCCUUGACAAGGAUGGAAUUGGCCCUUGUGGCCAUCAACACACAUACGGUUAAGGCACUGCCACCUACUUCGUGGCAUCUCUAACCAAGUUUUUUCAUUGUUUUAACUUUUAUUAAACGAUGCCUUACUUCUUUUUUUUAAAACUCAGACGUCGUCUCCUCUUGGCACUGUUUACUUUAAGACCGGAAACAUACCCGAAUAUUUUCCCAUGUCUGUGUUUCCGCUGGGUGGGGCAGGAUGGGAACAUUCAUUUUUUCCCUCCUUUUGGCAGUAGCCCGCUGCUGAAUACACGGAGGGUUACUGAAACAAUUAUUUUUGGUUGGCACUCUCAGUUUGUAAAAAUCUAACUAGAAAUAGGUUUAAAUGUUUCUAAAUUAUUUUAGUGUGGAGAUUGUUUUGCUUUUACUGUGCCUUUUUUGCUGACUAUAUAUUGAUAAGUUAGUUUCUGAUUAGCCUUUAUUUAAAACAAAAAAAGAAAAUUAAUUCACCCCAAACAGGAAGAUACAAUUUGAUGUUAUUUCUUAGGCUGUAUGUAAACAAUUUCUUUAAGAUGCAUAACACAGAGAAGGGUCUCUAAACAUACCAGUAACUAUAAUGAUGGUGCUUAAACUGUAUUUCUUUGUGGUUUUCUUCAUGGAGGGUAACCUUCAGGAUAUCAGGCGCCAUUUUUCUAAAACACCUUAAUUGUUCAUUCAAUGUGCAUGGUUUGUUGUUACUCAUGUACUCAACAAUUUUGUAAUAUUAUUCUAACCAGAAAUGAUGAUAAUUGAUUCAUGGUUCUUGUGGAUUAAUGUCUACUCAUUGAGUCCAGUGCCUGACAGCUUGUCACAUUGUGUGUACUGUGUGUAAAAAUGCCUUAAAUUUGUAAGUGCCAUCAUUUGUAAGAACCAGACUUUGGUCUUUGUACUAUACGCACAAAAUGCAUGAAAACAAUAAACAGGACAAUAAACACCA